AUGCUCCGGCAACUUCCUCAUCGUUCUGUAGGACCUUCCAUCAUGACCCAUCUGAACAUACACAACAAUCUUCAAUCUGUCCGACCAGCCACUUCCUUCCACCAUCAACAACACCUCUUUCUCCAUUGUUAUAAGUGGUGUGGAUACCCUUGUUUAAGGAUUGCUUCGAUUUGGCACUUCUGGUCGUGUGCUUGCUUAGGGGCUGGUGAUGAUUGGAAAAGCUUCAGGAGACCUCCAAGAAUGUGUUUGCAAUUUCGUGUGACUCUUUCUCCGUUGUCCUGGCUUGUUACAGGUAUUAAUCCACAGUCGGUCGUCCACAGAUAG